UCAAAUUAUUUUGAGUUGGGUGGUUGUGGAGGUUGAAAGCUUUUUCGUUUCUCACCACGUGUAAUUCAUCUUCUCUUUGGUUUAACAAAUUUACAUUAUCUAAACUUGAACAUGUAUUGGGGUAUACAAGUACAAAUUUCACCGCAAGUUUGAGUAUUCGGCGCCUAAAAAAGCAGAAGUUGGGAAGAGGAGUAUGGAGUGGACAGAGAUGGGGAUGGGAUGGUACGGGCCCCUAGUCGAUCUGUCUGCUGCAACUUUUCACGUCGGCCAUUUCGUCCAACUCCUCGUCUUCGUUCAUCGUUCUACGCCCCUUCAGUAUAAAUUAUCUAAUGGGGGAGAAGUUAUGAGGACAGACAUUGAUGUUGGCGAUGAAACUCGACCGUUUUUCUCCAUUUCUCUUUGGAAUAAUCAUCUCGCUUCCUACGUCUCGGCUGGAGACAUCCUUUUCUUCCGCAAUGUGAAAGUUGUCAAGUUUCGGAGUAUGGUGGAAGCUAAAAGUGUCCAUUAUUCAUCCAUUCAACGUCUCAUCCAUCCUUAUUCUUCCCUCCUAUCCACAGGCUUGGACGAUUUGAUGAAUAGCUGUCCAGUUGUUGGAACUGCUAAGGAAAAGCUUCGGAGGGUCAUACAUUGGGUGCAACAGACUAAAUUUACUCUUUGUAAUCAACUCGAUAUCCGUCAAACUCCAGCAUCACGAUAUUCACGAAACUGGAAAGUUCAAGAAGAGGAAAAACCUCCUGAAUGUUUAUUGCUUUCAGAAGUAAUACACCUGUCUAGUCCGUGCAAUGCCAUCUUUCUUGCAUCAAUUGGUGAAGCUUUUUUGCAUUCUCUGUGGCCUGAUGCCACGAAAGAAAGGUUGUUCAUAAGUAGGAGAUUGACUUCUAAGACAGACAUCAUAGUGGAAGAUAUGAUAUGCACAGGCUGUCAGCUCUGUGGAUGUCCAUUUAUUUUGGAUUCCCUAGGUGUGAGUAAAGACGGUUCACUAUAUUGUGACAAGAAUUCAAAUCGACUUCAUGUUGCUGGAGUGAUCUACCGACCAUUUAUGCUGUAUGUAUGGGAUAGCUUAGAGUACAUUCCACUUCUUGUAAAAAAUAAGGCAGCUGAACUCCUUUUUGGGAAUAUUAGUGCUGAAAAGUUGUACCAGUCAUAUAAGGGACAGAAGGACGAUGAGCAGAAUCGGAUGAACCCUUUCAAUGCGCAGGUUAGUACUAGUAUACGAGAUUACACAAGAGUUGAAGAGAAACACACUCGGGAUAAACUUAAGGUCAAAAGUGCGGAAUUUAAGGCGAGGAAGAAAAAUCAUUAUUCUAAAAGUCUCAACUUGUAUUUGAUAUGGUUAGUUGUAUUGAAGAUGCUUAUGCUUGAAUGGGGUAAUCGCUCUUUAAAGUUUGAAGUUUUUGUUAACCCUAGCUUGGCAAUUGAAGAUGGGAGAUUUGAAAUGCUAUGUUUGUCGAUGUCAUAUUUUGAUAGUCUAAAAACUUAAAUUGGAUGUAGUUUUUCAACUGUUAUAAUAUCUAAUCAUACUGUUGUUUUACAUAUUGUUAAAAAUAAUUAUACGAAAAAAAUAAUGAAAAUGAAAGUAUUGCAAAGGCGUGAAAGAUGUAAUGAUUGAAGAUAUAUAAGUAGUAGUUGUCGUGAGCGUGCUAUUUUAUAUUGCUUGUUGUUUAUUUGCAACUAUAAAUAAUAAAAUCAGUCAUCAAAAAAUUGUCUUAUAGAAGCAGCAAUAACAAAAUUGCAUACACGAUGGACGUAACAAAGACACUCAUAAUAUGUUACUGCAUUUU